CGAGGUUCCAGGGCACGGGGGAUGGACGCGAGAGGUGAGAAGCGGACGUGCUUUCUGAUUGGCUGAGGAGUCCGCGGGCCGUUGGGGCGGGAAAAAGCUGUGGAGGGUUUGAGGCUGUGGUGGGAAUUGAGUUUUCCUCAGACUUAAGGCGAAGACACACUCACUGGAAGGGGUCGAGGAAUCCAGGGUGUGGUGGAAGACUGGAGAGGAGCUAACGGGGUCGGUAUAUGGAUCCAGUGGACCGUCCAGGUGCCCCAAGAGGCUAGUGAAUAUGGACGGCCCCGUGAGGCCAAGAUUGGCCUCUCUCGUUGACUUUCAGUUUGGAGUUGUCACCACAGAGACGAUUGAAGACACCCUGCUUCACUUGGCCCAGCAGAAUGAGCAAGCAGUGCGGGAGGCUGCGGGGCAGCUGGGCAGCUUCAGGGAGCCCCGGAUCGUGGAGUUUGUUUUUCUCCUGUCUGAAGAAUGGUGUCUGGAGAAAUCUGUGAGCUACCAGGCUGUAGAGAUCCUAGAAAGGUUUAUGGUAAAACAGGCAGAGAACAUCUGCAGGCAAGCCAGAAUCCAGCUGAGAGAUAAUAAGAGAGAGUUUCAGAAUUGGAGGGCUCUGAAAGAGCAGCUUUUCAACAAGUUUACUCUCCGUCUUGUGUCAUGUGUUCAGUUGGCCAGCAAACUUUCCUUCCAAAGCAAAAUAAUCAGCAACGUUACAGUCUUGAAUUUCCUCCAGAGUCUAGGCUAUUUACACACUAAAGAAGAAUUGUUGGAGUCAGAGCUUGAUGUUUUGAAGUCCCUGAACUUCCAAAUUAAUCUGCCCACUCCCUUGGCAUAUGUGGAGAUACUCCUAGAGGUUUUAGGAUACAAUGGCUGUUUGGUUCCAGCCAUGAGGCUGCAUGCAACCUGCUUGACACUGCUUGACCUGGUCUAUCUUCUGCAUGAACCCAUAUAUGAGAGCCUGUUGAGAGCUUCAAUUGAGAACUCCACUCCCAGUCAGCUGCAAGGGGAAAAGUUUAUUUCAGUGAAGGAAGACUUCAUGCUGUUGGCAGUAGGAAUCAUUGCAGCAAGUGCUUUCAUCCAAAGCCAUGAGUGUUGGAGCCAGGUUGUAGAGCAUUUGCAGAGCAUCACUGGUAUUGCCUUGGCAAGCAUUGCUGAGUUCUCUUAUGCAAUCCUGACUCACAGCGUGGGAGCCAACACUCCAGGGCGACAGCAGUCUAUUCCUCCCCACCUGGCAGCCAGAGCUCUGAAGACUGUUGCUUCCUGUAACACAUGAAGCAGGCUGAAUCCACCAAAUACAAACAGCCUUCCAUCACUGCA